AUGCCUUACUUAAAUUCGCAAGUCCCUUACUUCCUCGAGUGGUUUAUGGCAGUAUUCGCCCUCAGGAGGACAGAUUUUCAGUCUGCUACUGUGAAGGAUGAAUGCUUUACUAAUUUUAAAGAUAAAGCAACACAAGUAUGCUCUGAAGCAACUAAUAAAUUAGUUCAAGUGUGUUUAAAAGCAACAAUUAGGAGCAAAGCUAUACAAACCACUAGUCAAAUUAAGUAUAAAAAUACUUCUCCUUUAAAGACCAAUACCACAUCUAUUGCAACAUCACCUUUUAAAGUUACAAUGUCUGGAGUUCCAUCAGCAAGAUUUAUGAAUACUAAAAUUAAGAGGAAAUUAUUAUUCACUAGUGAGAAGCUAGAAAUGUCAUCUUCCAAUAGUUCAACACCCGUAAAACAUUCACUGUCAAAAACUGAGACUUCACCGUCUGUUCAGUCCUUGGUUAUAAUGACAUCAAGUAGCAGUGAUCAAGAGACUCAGUCUGAAUUAGCCCAAAUAAAAAAGAAAAUUGAAGCAGAAAAUCUAUGCAAAAUUUCAAUUGAAAAUACUGUAAGAUUAAUUAAGAAUAAUCCAAGAUAUUAUAUUGGUACUUCAAACCGUAACCCAUGUGCAAAGCAAAGUUGU